AUGGCUGAGAAUUUUGAUGAUGAGGGGAUUGCUAGACAAAUUGCUAAUCCCGUCAUGUUGGCAGAUGAUCGAGCAAGGGCUAUAAGGGAGUAUGCAGCCCCCAUGUUUAAUGAGCUCAAUCCAGGCAUUGUGAGGCCUGAAAUACAAGCACCGCACUUUGAGCUCAAGCCAAAUCAUCCUAAUUUUUCUUGGGGGGGUCAAGGAGCAAGCUCAAGUACCGCACCAGCCCAAGGAAGACAAGCAUAUCCACCGGGUUUUUCACAACAACCCCGACAUUCACAACAUGCUCAAAAUGCCCAACCAAGCUCUUUGGAGAGUCUUAUGCGGGAUUAUAUGGCAAAAAAUGAUGCGGUGAUACAAAGUCAAGCUGCCUCUCUUCGAAACUUAGAGUUGCAACUUGGACAUUUGGCCAAUGAAUUGAAAGCUAGGCCGCAAGGUUCUUUGCCUAGUGACACGGAGAAUCCAAGGAGGGAUGGGAAGGAGCAAUGCAAAUCCAUUCACUUGAGGAGUGGCAAGCAUCUGAAAAAUUCCGAGGAGGAAAUAAAGGGUAGUGGGGAGCCCACUUCAAUCCAAAAUGACGAAAAGUUGAGUAAAAACUGCCCAUUUCGGAAACAAGAAGAAGAUGGGCAAUUCAAGAAGUUUUUAGAUGUGUUGAAGCAGCUCCAUAUCAAUAUUCCAUUGGUGGAAGCAUUGGAGCAAAUGCCAAAUUAUGUCAAGUUCUUAAAAGACAUUUUGACGAAGAAAAGGAGGUUGGGGGAGUUUGAAACUGUAGCUCUUACCGAAGGAUGCAGCGCCAUGUUGAAAAGUAAGAUUCCACCGAAGUUGAAGGAUCCGGGUAGUUUUACAAUCCCUUGCUCUAUUGGGGGGCGGGAUGUUGGAAGAGCCUUAUGUGAUUUGGGUGCAAGCAUCAACCUCAUGCCUAUGUCGAUCUUUAAGAAGUUGGGUAUUGGUGAAGCACGUCCUACAACUGUUACAUUGCAACUUGCCGAGUGUCCAUGGCCCAUCCGGAAGGAAAAAUAG